AUGAAAACAAAUCAAAUUCCACGCUUAUUUUGUAUAGCUGAUUAUGAUAAGGAAAAUUAUCACUAUGCUACCAAACAUUAAAGAGUAUAGUCAUCUCUUGCACUAAGAGAAAAGUCAUCUAACUCAUUCCAUACAAUGAUUCCUCCUCAAAAACCAUAAUUGAAAUUAAAUGAUGAAUCUAGUAAUCGUACAAAAGAAGGAUUUCAUAGAGUAAAAACAGAUUCAAAUAUACCUAUGCCUUUACGUAAUGGCAGAAAUCUUAGUAUCACAAGUGGAGUUACUACAUUAUUAACUAAUAAAAGUUUUUAAUUGCCUUAAAAAAAUGAUAAUCCAUAAUGUGUCAAUACAUACAAAAAAGAAAUCCUUUCAUACAUGAGAGAAAAAAGUGUAAUAAACCUAAUUUAAUGUAGUGCCGAUCAAAUUACAAAAUGAAUGCUUUUUAAUUUCAAACUGAGAUUACCGAAAAAAUGAGAAGUAUCUUACUUGAUUGGUUAGUGGACGUUCAUUAUAAAUUUAAAUUAGAUGUGGAAACAUUGUUUUUAACAAUUUCAAUAAUUGAUAGGUAAAUAUUGUUAUAAAUUUGAGAGUACUAGAAAUACAAUAGAUAUCAAAAUCUAAAUUUCAGCUUUAUGGAGUUACUGCAUUAUUUAUAGCAUCAAAAUAUGAAGAAGUAUAUUCAGUGCCUCAUGUUAGAGAUCUGGUAUAUGUUUGUGAUAAUGCAUAUACAAAAGAAGAGAUUCUUACAACAGAAGGGAAAAUAAUAUCAUUGUUAGGAUUUGAUUUACUUACAACAAGUCCUCUUAGAAUGUUGAAUAUAUAUCAGGAGACAGCAAAAUUAGAUUAAAAAAAUUAUAUGUUAGCAAGGUAAUUAAAAUUUUUAUAUAAUAUUUUAUAGAUAUUUAAUAGAACUAUCAGUUUUAGAAUAUUAGAUGAUAUAAUUUUCAAAUAAUGUGAUGGCAAGUGCUUCUAUUUAUUUAGUUCAUAAAAUUAGACGAAUUCAUCCAUCUUGGAAUUAGGAUCAAAUGGUUCCUCUUACUGGAUUAAAUGAAAUAGAUAUUCGUAAUUGUGCUAAAGAAAUGUGCAGUUUAUUACAAAAUUAGGAUAAAAAAUAAUUUGCAUCAAUAAAGAAAAAGUUUUCUAUGCCAAAAUAUUAUGAGGUUUCAAAAAUAAAAAUAGAAAAGAAACCAUCACAAAAUCUAUCAACCCUUCAAUAAUGA